GAUAAGGAAUUUCUCCCUUUUGCUCUUUCUGAAAGGCGAAAGGCAAGCGAGGCCAAGUCGCUGUCAACAGGCGAAGUAAACGCUGGGGCGUCCUUGUCGAAAACGCAAUUUCCCCGAGAGAGGAACGCACAUCUGGCGCAGAGUCGCGCGCAAGUCUCUCAGCCCCGCGUCGUCAACGGGACUCCCAAAGUCCCUCUUCGCCAAGCGAGCAUUUCAUGGCGUUUUUUAAAGCGUCAGGACCGCGUAGAUACAAGACUCGACGCCGGACAGGUCUAUGCUGGAAAACGCGAAAAUGAAAGAACUUCUGCGGUAAAAACGGCCUUCCUUUCCUUCUUGCAGGCAGGCUUGCCUCUGGAAACUCGCGACGGUGACUCGCAACGCCCCGGUCUCCAGGAAAAAUGCAGCGCUCGAGAAACGCCCAGAAUUCCUCUCCAGAUCAAACUUGCUUCUGCGAAGUCACGAAAAAAUCGUAAAGCCUUCCUCGCCAUGGCACACCUCUUUGGACUGGCGACAGUUGCGAGUCUCGGCAUUGCCACCGUCAUCUUCGACUUCACUCGUACUCCGUACCGCAAUGUCCCUCGUCCUUCAGAGAAACGCCGUCUAAAGAUUUUCGACCUCUCCGCAGAGACGUACGACUCCAGAGAAAACUUCUUUGAAUGGCUAACAAGAAUCAAAUCGCAGCGGAAAAAACUCUUCUCUAAGGCAAGAGGUCGCGUGCUCGAGAUCGGCGCCGGCACGGGCAGAAAUCUGGAAGUUCUCAAGAGCGCCCCAGGCGUGACGAGUCUGACGUGUGUAGACACCAGCGGGCCGAUGUGUGAGGUGCUGGCGAGCAAAAUCGGUGAAGUGAAGCCACCGUUUCCAGUUCAAGUUAUCCAAGGAGACGCCGCAGAUCUGCCUUUUGAGGACAAAGCUUUUGAUUCUGUGAUUUCUUCCUUCGCCAUUUGUGCGGUGGAGCAUCCGGAGAGGACAGUGGAGGAGACAAGACGCGUAUUGAAAGACGGAGGCAGGUUCAUGCUCGUGGAGAGAGGUCUGCCGUCGAACGCAUUUGUUCGCUGGCUCAUGAAGAAAUAUGACAUUUAUCCGAAUCCAAAUGUUGCGUGGGAACUCGGCAUUUUCGAAGAUCUCGAUAUCGGACAGUUGCUAAGUCAGGGAAAGUUCCACCUCGUGGAGUCUUCUCCUUCCAAGAUUUUAACUUUGCAUGCGCUCUCUGCCCGGCGCGGGUGCUCCGCUGCAGACCGGAAAGUGUCUUCAAAUUCGCGCCUUGGGCUCCCAGCAGUCACUGACGAAAGAGCUCGAAUUGUUUUUCGAUACACUCCAAAAAAGGACGUUCAGUGACGAAAAGAGAGCUUGUGUUUCGUUUGCGACUUCGAUUCGGAGUUGCGGGGGUCGAAAGAGCGUCUGACUUACCGUCGGAGCGAUUGCACAGGAAGGAGAAGACAGCCGGAAGGACUUGCAGUUUUUCCGCUAUGUCCACGCGAGCAUGCAGUCAGGUGGACUCGAGCAUUGGCACUCUUUCUGAUUCCUAACCAUGAAGUCCACAAUGGAGGAGGUACACACGUACGUCGAUCUCUGGAUACGUGUGCACACAGCUGCAUGUGCGUAUAUAUACAUGUAUGUGCUUAUGUAUAAUUAUAUAUAUGUAUAUGCACAAACUUAUUCGUAUGUGUAAAUAUGCAUGUAAACAUAUGCAGAUGUAUAAAUACGUAUUAUGUAUAUGUAUGCAUACACAUAUCUGCAUUGGCCUGUCAGGUUUGCUGGCUCGUCUGGCAGGCUUUGUUUCCGUGUGUAAAAAGAGUCGCUGGCGCUCAUGGGGGAAUUCUCGGAGGUGUCUGGGACGGUGACGAUUUUUUGUUUUCUUGUACUCUCUCCGGCUUUUUCUCGGGCAGGGCCGGCCCUGGGAUGGCAAACUUUCCGCAUAAUCAUUUGGCAGAUGAGACAGAGUGAACCUCGCAUCUGUGUCGGUGCAGCUAAAUCGAUAUUUCCUCGCAGAAGCUCAUUGAUAUUUGUACAAAUGCACAGAUUUCAGCUCGCAUGUAAGCACGACUGUUUCCGGGCAUGCACUUCCGCCAUCCGAUUGGAAGGACGUCAAAGUGUCCACGAACUGCCGUUUUCCUCAA